AGUGGAGCCAGGACAGCGGACGGUAACGGUGAUGGGGGGGGGGAUGGAUGAACGCUGGCAAUAAUGGUCGUCGAGGACCAGGUUAUGACGAGAAUCUGUGGCCAUCUGAUCGAGAACUCGAGUGCUCGCGCUUUCCUUAAGCUGUACAGCUGCCGCUGGCGCUGCGAGGAAUCAUGAUCACCACGAGUAAACAGCGCACAUUUAUUCGUUUGAUGUAAUCCUGUGGGGGCGAGCGGCACGCACUUGCACCGAAAUAAUCACAGCCUCGAGCAAGGGUUCGAGGGAGCUCCGGAGGACGAGUGAGUAAGAGGAGAAAUUCCGCCCACCGUCAACGAGCGCCCGUCGUUUAAGAAUUGCAGCUCUUCUGCCUAUCGCGGAGUUCGAAUCACGCGUUUUGCGUUCGUUUCUUCGUUCGUUUGUCCUCGGGGGUCGCUCGAAUUUCGACGUUGUUGCAAACUUCGAGCGAUUUCUCUCGUCGUUGUAUAAGAUCGACGGAGGGACAGGAGAAACGAAGGGCUCUCGCAUCAGCAGCGAAUUGGCCAGAUGGGGUCUCCUGGGAGGUCCGGCGAAGGCGAGACAUUGCAGGACCCCGAAGAAGCGCAGGCCUGUAUUUCCCCUCCGAGUUGCUCGGCCCAUGACAUAACGUCCAUGUCGGACUUGCCGGCGAGGAGAAUGAAAACUAAGAUGUGGCCAAUGUCUCCUAUUGAGACUCUGACCCAGGAAGAAGUCCUGUCGAUUGCCAAUAGGGACAGGACUCCAGUGAUGAUAGCCGUCCUGGACGGAGAUACUAGCGGGGAGCAGUAUCUCUGUAGCAACAAACGAGGAGCAUCAUUGCCACCGGAAAUAGCCGCUGAAGGAUCCUGGGCCCAAAUGUACUACCAACAAGUUGCUGUCCUCAGCGAUACGCUGAAGGGGAUGCAAGAGAGCUUUCAACCUGUGUGGGAGCUUGCGAAGAGCCAACAAGCUUUACUGGUCUCGGUGGAAAUAUACGACGGGCUCUUGGCAAUCGCUAAUCAGGGCAUGCAGGUUCUCUUCAAGUCCUGGAGUGUUGAGGAUAGAAAAGCAAUCGUCACAAAACAGUGUGAUUUCAGAACGCACAAGCAGGCCGACUACUACACAGUCCUGAAGAACUAUACGUUGGGAAAUUUCGAGUCCUUGGACCGAGAGAGGUUUAAGAAUGUGGAGGACUUAUUGAUAGCAGGAGAGACACACCUUAUGCAACACGCGAAAAUGAAUGGCUUCCAGUGCCCUUCCGAAGUACGAACUUCGUUUCAAGAGUUUUUGCCUCUGAAAAGAGAUCGAAACCAAUAUUCUCAUCCAUUAACACUUGCAAGAGAGCCUCUGGCUUCCACAGUGUUGCAAAAACUGCGAGUUUCUCUUCUGAAUGACGAGUUCGACUUUAUGAGAGGAACAAAGAACCUCAUUUUGUUGGGAGCCGAUUACGCGGAAACUGUCUUGGCGAAUUAUGGCAGAGUUCGGCAGAAUCUCUUUUUGGAUCCUAACAAAAGAUGUCCGCAGAGAUCUCAGUCGACUCGUUCAGCUGAGCUCACUCCUCAAGAUUCACCGGGCCCUUCAUCUCCCGGAACUCAAACUGCGGAGGUUCGAAUUGGACAAAAUUCUCUGACAGGACGGAGCUCCUAUGCUGGCGAAACAAUUAACGAAACUUUCGAUUUGCAUAGCUCAGAAAGCCCGCCGUACUCAUCGUUGGGUCCAGGUUCUCAGAGUCCGCUCGGAAGCCCACUAGUGCUUACCUUCCCUGUUUUUUCUGAAUCAUUGAGACAAUCUCAGCCGCUUCCAGCCCUUGAUAUUCCUCCGUCUUCCCCGCCCAAUCAAAGUAUAUACAUCGGUCGAACUCAUCCUCGGAGCCCAGAAAGUUCUCCCAGUAGUCACGACUCACAACACACCCACAGCACGGAGAUGCCAGAAAGUUCAGACACCACUAGGUCUCCCAAAGGUUAUAAGAGACCCAGGUUGUAAUUUUUAUCUGAUUUUGUUUUUGAAUUGGAACCCUGGAAAAGAAGAGCCAACAAUCAGAAUCCUACCGAGACAACAAAUAUUCUUAGUAUCCCAGGGUCAUGCUGGAAAACCGAAGACCAUGUGGAGCGUGGGCCAGAGCGAAGUUGGUAGAGUCCAAAUUCUGUACAAGUUAUCCCGUCCACCCACAAUUACAAUAGAUACAAUGGUAUAUCUUGUCAACAUCCACGUACCAUAUAAGCCUACAUUUGAAACUGACAUGUCUAGCCCUGAAAGUGCUGACACACCCACCUGUAGGCGAAAGAUUACAACUACACUCACUAAACUUGCAAAUUUUCUAUGCUUUCCCUACAAGCCUGGCUUCCAUCCGUGUAACAUUCGCUGCGUGAUAUUAAUCAUCAUUCCAAAGAAGGUCCACGAUUUGUAACGACGGAGUGCAAUAUUCUGCGACUGCUAAUACACACCGUUCUCUUUCGGUGAGUCAAGAAAAGCAUCUCUGACGACUUGAGGCUUGAAGUCAGGCUUAAUGUACUCGUUAAAGAAUUUGGCAUAAAGUUCGUAUCGUGCAGUUAGUCUGAAUCCCCACUUAUCCUUCACUUGUUGGCACAGGUUCAAAUCGCAAUCGGCAACCAUGAGACCAUCUCUACAACGAGACAGGCUAGGAGUGCACGACGCAUCUGGACCGGCGACGUAGCUGGACCCGUAGAAAUGACCGAAGUCUUUGUGCUCUGGCUUGCCAUCUCCUGAAGUGAAAGCAUUGGGAAACGAUUCUGUGCCCACCCUGUUGAUCGCUCCAACGAAGUAGGUGUUGGCUAUGGCUGCAUUUCGAGCCUGC